UUAUGACUUUAAAUUAGCCGUCAAUGGAAAGUUGUGCUUCUGUUAGCUGGUUGGCUAAAUAAGGACAUAUCUGUAAAAUUGCAAAUGUUGCAACAAGGCAGCUGAGAGGAAAACAGAAGAAGCUGUUGCUCAGAGUACAGGUCUGGCGCAUAAUCUGAUGUUUGCCUCCAAGCAAAGUGCAACCCCAGUAAUUGUGCCCCAUUCUGGGAAGGAAACUGCUCUUCAAGGACACUGGGACUGGUCAGGGAAGCCACUACUUUAGGUGAAGACUGACACAACCCAGUGCUGAUCUGUUGGGAUGCAGACAUGGAGAAAAGGAGGACAAAGAUAUGGAGCAUCUACCAGGUCUCUCAUGUUGGAGCCGUGUUCAGAGUUGACAUCCCAGAUGAAUUCAACCAAAUCUUCAGUAACUGGUGAAAUCCUCAGACAACCGAGCACUCUUCCUCACUUAGUGAAGGCAUCCAAGGAGGACGCAGCCGCUGAGGCCUAGGCUGGCAGGACCCCUUUGUGCCCCCACCACAGGCACAGGACCAGGAGGGCAGUGUUGGUGCUGCAUGCUGCGGAGCAGCAGGAGGAGCCCUGCAGGUCUGAAAUGCCCUGAGACCAGAGAGGAGGAGGAGGGCAGGAUGCUCUUUGAUUCUCACUUUGCUUUUGAGUAACUGGAAAUCACCACAGGGAGCAAGCGCCCUGGCUGUGCGGGAACACACUCUCCUCCUGGGAGCUUUUCAGCUCCACCAGACAGAGAAGUAGAAAAGACAUCUGCCAGCAAGGGGAGCGCUGUUGGCUGGGGAAUCUGUGGCUGUGAUUUGGACCCUCGUCAUGCCCACGUACUGUGUCACUGUGAGAGGAAUUCAGUUACCAUGGGUUACCCUAUCAGUACGGGGACCAAGUGCCUCCCCUCCCAACAGCUCUAUAAAAAGAGUCUCUGGAAGAUGCCCUGGCGGCUCCUGCCUCCCAGCACAGAGCAGCAGGCACUUAGCGUGGGCAGAGAGGGGUGCCAGCAUGCCGUCUGCCUUCCAGCUUCAGUGCCACCUUGUCCUCAUCUUCCUGGCAGCCUACAAGGGGGAGACCAGAUACCUAGAGGUAAGGGAUGCUGGUGAAGAUGAGCCCUUCCUACUCCUCAGCGAAGAUUUGAAGCGAGAGCUUUCUGCAGGACAGAUCUACCGGCGGUCGCUCCGCUGCAUUGACAUGCUGAGUAUAGAGGGGCAGUUCACCUUCACCGCAGAGCAGCCCCAGCUGCACUGUGCGACCUUCUUCAUCGGCGAGCCCGAGGAGCUCAUCACGAUAGACUACGACUUUGUAGACAUUGACUGCCAAGGAGGCGAUUUCCUGAAGGUAUUUGAUGGCUGGAUACUCAAAGGAGAGAAAUUUCCUAGUUCCUUGGACCAUCCCCUGCCCACUUCUGAAAGAUACACAGACUUCUGUGAAAGCGGCAACAUGCAGAGGAGUGUCAGGUCAUCACAGAACGUGGCAAUGAUCUUCUUCAGGAUUCACCACCCAGGCAAUGGAUUUACUGUCACAGUCAAGAAAACUACCAACCUCUUCCCUUGCAAUGUCAUCUCUCAGACUCCCUCGGGAAGGUUCACCAUGGUCAUUCCUCAUCAGCACAGAAACUGCAGCUUUUCUAUAAUAUACCCAGUGGUGAUAAAAAUAUCCGAUCUCAUCCUGGGACAUUUAAAUGGCCUCUUUCUAAAGAAACCAUCAGCAGGCUGUGCGGGAGUGGGAGAUUUUGUAGAGCUGUUGGGAGGAACUGGUUUAGACCCAUCCAAGAUGUUUCCACUAGCUGAUCUCUGUCACUCCUUUCAUGGGUCUGCCCAAAUGAAGAUUGGUUGUGACAAUACUGUGCUACGAAUGGUCUCCAGUGGCAAGCACAUCAAUCGUGUGACGUUUGAAUACUAUCAGCUUGAUCUGCAGGAAAUAGAAAACAGAAAGGAGAACAGCAUUGAGGAAUUCUGCUUCCCUAGUAUCUGAGAAACCAGGCAACAUGUUUUCACACAGCUAAUGACAAUAAGGUUCUGGCAAAAAAAAAAAAAAAAAAAAAAAAAAAAGUAUUUUUCCUUUACCAUCUGGUGUUAUCAAGCCUUUCUACAGUACAAGCAUAUUCCCCUUUUUUUUUCCCCAUACAAAUCAGUCAUUCUCAUGAGCAAGCAGGAAAAAGUAUAUUAAUCUUUGUUACUACCAUGGUAAUUUUUCUGCAAUAUUUAGGAUAAUUUACUAUAUUCAAAAUCAAUAGCAAGAACAGAAGUCUAUGUUUCCAAUAUAAGUGUUAUUAGGGAAACAGACAUAAAUCCUCAGUGUAUUCAGUCUGAGCACACACAAAACUGAUAAGUAUAAACUUCAUCUGGUUAACAUUAUCCUUUUAUAUCAGGAAUAAACAAAAAAAAAAUAAGAUGGUGGAAUACAUUUCCAGUUUUGUAAAAGGAAAUCCAGCAGUAGUGUGUGCAAAAAUGACUUGUUUGUUUAUGACUAUAAAUGUGCUAUUUAUUUCUAAUGACAUGUUUUUAAUAAAAAUUUAUAGCAUGGAAACUUCCUUACACAAACCCAAACAUGAAUAAAUACAUUCCAAGAGUUGGCAAAACACUAUGAUGUUGUAUUUUUCUGAAGAGCUCUUUAAAACGUUUUUGUUGAACUUCCCAAGUCUUGUGCAGUUUUCUGGAAAUUAUCAUUUUGAACAUAUGUAGCUGUAAAACUGUGGACUAUUAAAGUAACGUUAUGGGCAGAAA